AUGGGCGUCCGCGUCAAGCGCAUCGCCGGCAUCGGCGUCAAAGUCUACGCCUGCGGUCUGUACGUCGACCCCGAAGACGCGCGCGCCGCGCUCGGCGACCGCUUCGUCGGCCGCGACGUCGCCGACGUCGGCAAAGACCAGUCGCUCUUCGACGGCGUGCUGCGCUCCGACGACGUGGACAAGACCGUGCGGCUGGCGUUCGCGAGGAACAUCGACAGCGCGAAGAUACGCGACGCGCUGAGCGAGCGCCUUCGACCGGCGCUGGGGAGAGACAGCGAGAGCCUGAAAACGUUUGAGACGUAUUUCGACGGCGUGACGUUCGAGAAAGGGCAGGCGCUUACGUUCAGCGCGACGGGGGGGAAGCUCGAGACGACGAUGAAGGGGAAGAGCGUCGGGGUGAUUCACGACGCGAGGUUGUGCGCGGCGCUGUUCGACGCGUACUUGGGGAGGGACCCGGUCGUGCCGAGCGCGAAGCGGAGCCUGGGAGAGGCGCUCGCGGCGCGCGUGGUGGGAUAA